GUCACAUCCAUCGCCAUGAGGGUGCUCGUGCUAGCCUUGGUUGUGGCCCUUGUGGCUGGUCACCAGAUCAAAAUUAACCCUGAGUUUGCUGCUGGAAAGACAUACACCUACAAAUAUGAAGCCCUUCUUAUGGGUGGACUUCCCGAGGAGGGUCUGGCUCGGGCUGGGUUCAAAAUUAGGAGCAAAGUUCUGAUCAGUGCAUUGACUGCCGACACCUUCAUACUGAAGCUCCUGGAUCCAGAGCUGUUUGAGUACAGCGGCAUCUGGCCCAAGGACACUUUCGUCCCAGCCACUAAGCUCACUUCAGCCCUGUCAGCUCAACUCAUGACACCGCUCAAGUUCGAGUACGCUAAUGGCGUCGUAGGCAAAGUGUUCGCCCCUGCUGGCGUCUCUACCUCUGUGCUGAACAUCGUCAGAGGACUCCUCAACCUCCUCCAAAUGAACAUCAAGAAGACGAUGAAUGUCUAUGAGCUUCAGGAGCCUGGCGUACAGGGUGUGUGCAAGACCCAUUACGUAAUCACUGAGGACGCCAAGGCUGAGCGCAUCCAUUUGACCAAAACCAAGGACCUGAACCACUGCCAGGAGAGAAUUGUCAAGGAUAUCGGCAUGGCUUAUACAGAAAGAUGUGCUGAGUGUCAAGCGAGAGGCACUGCCCUGAAAGGAACAGCCGCAUUCGACUAUGUCAUGAAACCAUCAGACACAGGUGCUCUGAUCCUUGAGGCAUCUUCGAUUGAGCUGAUUCAAUUCUCUCCCGUCAACAUCCUGAACGGUGCUGCCCAGAUGGAGGCUAAGCAAUCCUUGAAAUUCCUGGAGAUCCAGAAAGCUCCAGUGGAGCCCAUCAGAGCCGAAUACAUCCAACGCGGAAGUCUGCAGUACGAGUUUGGCAGCGAGCUCAUUCAGACACCCAUUCAGCUCCUGAGGAUUACCAAUGCUGAGGCUCAGAUUGUUGAGAUUCUGAACAACCUGGUGAACAACAACGUGGCUAAAGUGCAUGAAGAGGCACCUCUGAAGUUCAUUGAGCUCAUCCAGGUGUUGCGUUCGGCCAAAUAUGAGAGUAUCGUGGCACUCUGGUCGCAGUACAAAUCACGCACGGCUCACAGAGAAUGGAUCCUGAAUACCGUCCCUGCCAUUGGCACUCAUGUUGCGCUGCGGUUUAUCAAGGAACAAUUCAUUGCCGGUGAGCUGACCUUUGCUGAAGCGACUCGGUCAUUGGUGGUCGCCGUGCACAUGGUGACUGCUGACUUGGAGGCCAUCAGGAUUCUACGGGAGCUAGCUGAGACCCAGAAAGUUAUGGAAACUCCGGUUUUGAAAGAGGUUAUUGCACUAGGCUAUGGCAGUCUGGUUUAUAAAUACUGUGCAGAGAACCCAACUUGCCCAGUGGACCUCAUCAAGCCGAUCCAUGACUGGGCUGCCCGGGCUCUUGCCAAGAGUGAUAUUAAGGAAAUAAUUGUCACUCUCAAAGUUCUGGGUAAUGCAGGGCAUCCUAGCAGCCUCAAGCCAAUCUUGAAGGUCUUACCUCACUUUGGCAGCGCUGCUGCUGACCUGCCUUUGCGAGUUCAAAUCGAAGGUGUUCUGGCCCUGAGGAACAUUGCAAAGAGAGAUCCAAAAAUGGUCCAGGGUAUCGCUGUUCAGCUGUUGAUGGAAAGAGAUCUUCACCCAGAGCUCCGUAUGGUUGCUGCCAUUGUGCUGUUUGAGACCAAACUGCCCAUGGGUCUGGUGGCUGCCCUUGCCGACGCAGUGUUGAAAGAACCAAAUCUCCAGGUUGCCAGCUUAGUCUACUCUUACAUGAAAGCCAUGACAAGGUCCACCACUCCUGAUCUUGUGCCUGUUGCCGCAGCCUGCAAUGUUGCUGUGAAAAUCCUCAGCCCCAAGCUGAAUAGACUGAGCUAUCGCUUCAGCAGAGCGCUCCUUGUUGACGGCUAUUACAGCCCCUGGAUGGUGGGUGCUGCUGCCAGUGCCUUCUAUGUGAAUGACGUUGCAACUGUUUUGCCAAGGUCCAUCAUGGCCAAGGCUCGCACCUAUUUGGCCGGAGCAUAUGCUGAUGUCAUUGAGGUUGGAGUGAGAACUGAGGGCAUCCAGGAAGCCCUUCUGAAGAUCCAGGAGCUUCCUGACAACACCGAUAGGAUCACCAAGAUGCAAAGAGCUCUCAAGGCUCUUUCUGAGUGGAGGGCCCAGCCAUCAAGCAAGCCCCUAGCCUCAGCACACCUGAAACUUUUCGGACAGGAGAUUGCCUUUGCCAGUGCAGAUAAAGCAUUGGUUGAUCAGGUCAUGGCGCUUGUCACCGGACCCGAAGUUCAGGCUUACGGAAGGAAGGCUUUCGAUCAGGUGCUGGCUGGCAUGAAAUUUAAUUACGCUCAGCCAACGCUGGUUGCUGAGGUUCGUCGCAUCCUGCCCACUGUUGUCGGUCUGCCGAUGGAACUCAGUUUUUACACUGCUUCUGUGUUGACUGCGGCCAUUGAAUUCCAAGCCACUGUGUCACCACCUAUCGGUCAGAAUUUCCAUCCUUCCCAACUUCUUAAAUCUGACAUCAGCAUGAGGGCUGCUUUUACCCCAAGCGUUUCCAUGCACACCUAUGCAGUCAUGGGUGUGAAUACAGCGUUGGCCCAGGCAGCCGUGGUCUCAAGAGCCAAAGUUCACACUAUUCUCCCAGCGAAGAUGGAAGCAAGACUUGACAUGAUCAAGGGCAACUUCAAGUUUGACCUCUUACCUGUCCAGGGCAUCAAUAAGAUUGCAUCUGCACUAGUUGAGACUUUUGCUGUUGCUCGAAACGUGGAAGAUCUUGCCGCUGCUAAGAUAACGCCAAUGAUUCCAGACGACUUUACAACAGACUACUCAAAGAAGAGCUCAUCCUGGUCUGCCAGGAUGCCUUCCUCUAUGGCUGAUUCUAAGUCAUCAGAGCUUAUCACUGACCGACCGAGCAAAAUGAGCAAACUCAUCAAGGACUUCGAGAAAAAGCUGUGUGGAGAACUUGAAACUCUUGGAAUCAAGGCAUGCGCUGUGUUCAAAUCUCGCAAUGCGUUUUUCAUCCGAGACGUUCCACUGUAUGCCGUCAUCGGGAAACAUUCAGUCUUGAUUGAGGUUAAACCAGCUUCUGGACCGAGCAUCGAGAAGGUUGAAAUUGAGAUUCAGGUUGGAAAGAAAGCAGCGGAAAAGAUCAUCAAAGUCAUUGACCUGAGUCAGAAUGAGGGCAUACUUGAGGACAGAAAUGUCCUGAUGAAACUGAAGAAGAUCCUUGCUCCUGGUAUGAAGAACCGCACUUCUUCCAGCUCCAGCAGCUCCAGCAGCUCCAGUUCUAGCAGCUCUCGCUCCAGCGGGUCAAGCCUUGCUACCUCAUCCAAGAGCUCUUCGAGUUCCUCUCGCAGAAGUCGCAAGGUGGCUGACAUUCUCGACCCGAUUACCAAGACAUCCAAGCCAAGAAAUGCCUCUAGAAAAUCUUCCAGCAGCAGAUCCAGCCUUGUUUCAAGUAAAUCCUCUAGCAGCAGAUCCAGCCUUCGUUCAAGCAAAUCCUCCAGUAGCAGAUCCAGCCUUCGUUCGGGCAAAUCCUCCAGCAGCCGCAGCAGCCUAAGAUCUUCGUCCAGUUCUCGUUCCAAACAGGAACUAUAUAACAUGAAUUUUACAAAGACCCACAUCCACCAGCAUUCCCGCUCUUCAACUGCUCGCAGCAGCAAGAGCAGUGCCCAAAGUUUUGAAGGCAUCUACAAUAAGGCUCGUUACCUCUCUAAGACUCUCAGCCCAACUGUGACCAUCCUCAUCCGUGCCGUGAGAGCCGACCACAAGGAACAAGGAUACCAGAUUGCAGCUUACUUUGACAAAGAGACUUCUCGACUGCAGAUCAUUUUUGCAAAUCUGGCCGAAAACAACAACUGGAGAAUCUGUGCUGAUGGUGUGAGGCUGAGCAACCACAAGUUCAUGACCAGGGUUGCCUGGGGUAUUGACUGCAAGCAAUAUGUGACUGAGAUCUCGGUUGAAGCAGGUAUUGUUGAUCAACAGCCAGCAUUCCGUUUGAAGCUGACUUGGGACAAACUUCCGAAGAACGUGAAACACUAUGCCCAUGAGUUGUCUGAUUACAUUUCAAGACUCGCCCUGGAGGCUGGAAUUAACCAGGCAAAGGUCAAGAAUGUUCAAAAUGAGAUCAAACUAACAGUAGCGGUUGCUUCAGAAGAAAGCCUGAAUAUUGUCCUCAAAACACCAAAGAGGACCAUCUACAAGAAAGGCAUGCCUAUCCCCAUUUCUCUGCCCAUUGGAAACAGCACAUCGGAGCUGCUGCCGUACCAGGACAGCUGGGUUAACACCAUCUCCUACAUGGUCAGCAAGGCUCAUGCAGCUGAGUGCAACGUAACCGAGGACACUGUGGUCACAUUCAACAACAAGAAGUUCAAGGCAGAGAUGCCUCACUCAUGCCCGCAGGUUUUGGCUCAGGAUUGCACCAGAGAGGCGAAAUUCAUUGUUCUGUUGAAGAGAGACGAAGAACACAAACACAACUUGCUCAUUGUGAAAAUUGCAGACAUCGAAGUGGAAAUGUACCAGAACGGUCGCGUUGCCAUGGUGAAGGUUAAUAAAGCAGAAAUCCCUGUCAGUAACCUGCCAUACGAUCAUCCAACAGCUGACAUUCACAUCAGACGCAGCGGGGAAGGCAUCGCUCUCCACGCUCCCAAACACGGUCUUCAGGAAGUGUACUUUGACGUCAACAUCCAGAGGGUUAAAGUUGUGGACUGGAUGAGAGGACAGACCUGUGGACUCUGCGGAAAGGCCGACGGGGAGACCAGACAGGAGUACCGCACACCCAAUACACGUUUGACCAAGAACGCAGUCAACUAUGCCCAUUCCUGGGUCCUGCCCGCUGAGAGUUGCCGGGAUACUACAGAGUGUUACAUGAAGCGUGAGUCUGUGAAGCUGGAGAAGCAGAUGACGGUGCACGGCCAAGAGUCCAAGUGCUUCUCUGUCGAGCCCGUGCUGCGCUGCUUGCCUGGCUGCAUGCCGAUAAGAACCACCACCGUCUCAGUUGGCUUCCACUGCCUGCCUGUUGAUUCCCGUCUGAACCGUUCUGAGGGUAUGAGCGGCAUCUUUGAGAAGAGUGUGGACCUGAGAGAAAAAACCGAAGCCCACCUAGCCUGCCGUUGCACACCUCAGUGUGCCUAAUCAAUCCAACAACUUUUAUUUCCAUGAAUACGACUACUCCCAAUCACAAUAAAGUGUGAACUUAAACCGCA